GGCUAGCUACAAUCCCCUCGUUAAGAAACUUGUAAAAGUUGAAGAUAAUAUUUUGAUAAGAAACCUUCCAUCCAUAUCUUUAACAUGAGAGACCCCUGUUCCUCGUCUGCUAGGGUUUCUGCAACUACGCUAUCAGCGUCGUCAUCGAUCAAAUCUGGUGGUUCGAAAGGGGGACGAUUGGCCCCGAUAAGGGAGGCUGAGGCUCGGGACGAUGAAGCAGAAGAAGAGGAUGAAGGCGCGACUCGACAAGGAGAGCGCCCCCGCUAAAGAAGCCUACGCUAUUCGUGGGUGGGAUAACGGAUGUGGUGGAUUAUGCUCAAAUCAGGGACCUUUUCGUUCAAGUUGGGUGUGUUGGUAAGGUUUUUGUGCAGCGAUUUCGCAAGGUGGGUAGGCGAUUUAGAUUUGGAUUCGUUCAAUUUCUAUCCAGGCCUCAUGCUAAAGCGACGAUGGCUAGAAUCAACAAGACUAAGGUUAGGGGAGCUCUCUUAUUGGUGAAGGAGACGAGAUUUCCUAUGAGAAGUGGGUCGCGACCCAUUAAGGAAGGUGCCUUGCCUCGGCCAUUACAGAAAGGGCAUCCCUGUGUGUCGCAGAAGAGCUUGGGCAGGGGAGAUGUCGCUGCGCUCUCCACUCUAUCGUGGCGGGAUGUCGCUGUCGGUAAGCCUUGACCUCGGCGUGUUCUUCCUCUUCUCCAGGCUGUAGAGUGCUUGUUUUCAGGGGCUGGGAGUUGUUGUGAUGAGUCUUGGAGGGUACCCGAUGAUGUCCUGUUUCCGGAACUGAGGCAUGUUGGGCGAUUGAUCGCUAGGUGUGAGGUCUUAGAGGAUUGCAGGUUGCCAUUUGUUACACUGUUCCCGGAGUGUGAGAUUGGGGAGCCUAGGAAGAAUCUUGUGAUACCACCGAUUGUUACUGACUUGGUUGUAGGUGGUGAGGUUUUUCGUGGAUUUACUGAGUUUUAUAUUUGUACUUUGGACCCUUUGCGGUGGCUGAUCCAAGAGAGCUCGCUGGUUUUUCUGAUGGGGUUUGAUACUCUUCCUGUCGAUUCUUUUAGGAGUUGGGUAGCUUCGCUUCUUUGGGAUAGGUUUCAGGAGCUUUUUGGGGGGAUUUCUUUGUACUUAUCUGUCUCUUCUGUUGUUGCUGGUGAUGGUGGUGGGUGCGUUGCUGAUUUUGACAGUGUUGAGGGGGAGGAGGUUCCAUGUGACUUUGUUGUUGAACCUCCAAAGGUUUCCUCCCGUCGUCGAGGGAGGCCAAAAAAGGGUGAUGCAGGUGGUUUAGUUCCGGAGGAAGGGGUGGUCAGUGGUAGUUGCCCCAUUUUGCAGGCUCCCCGCCCCCGUGGGCGACCCAGGAAAGUGAAGAAAGGUCGUAAGCCUCGUCUGUUGCCCUCGGCCCCUUUGGCUAUUGUCGAGGGUGAUGGCUCUUCCUUUAUUGCGGCCCCUCCUUCGAUUUGUCCGGCGCCUUUGCCUCCUGAGAAAGCUCCUGGUGGAUGUUAUUGGACUCGAGUCAAGGCGGCGUGGACGGUUGGAAAACUUUUGGGUUGCUCAUUUGACGGUGGAGACGAGGCGGCUAUUCGCGAUUAGACACAGGAAAUGGAGGAGUGGUGGCCACCUUGAGUGGCUAGGUUGCUCUUGGUGUUGGUUUUUGGUUCUUGCAGAAACUCCUUCGCUUUUUGGGUUUUUCUUUUAAGUAGGGAGGUUCUUGCUAUAGGGAGGUAUUUACUUGUGUAUUCUUGUGGAUAGUUGGAGAUUUUUGGCUUUUGUUAUCUUCUUUAUCUUAUUCCCGUUUGUAAUCCCUUCCCUUUUAUUAAUAUAUAUAUUUAUUUGGAUUCCAAAAAGAAAUAAUAACUAUUGAUCGGUAGAGAGCA